AUGCAAUUGUGGAGGUAUAAAAGAAAAUUGGUUUUCGUAACAUUGUUGAUAGUAACAGUUGUUUAUGUGAGCUUCAUUGUCCACAAACGUGAUAAACCCAGAAGAGGCAGUGAGGUACCGGUCUUUCCUCCUUUGAUUUCGCAUCAGAGAGCUGGACCUUUGAAUGUAGACAUUUGGGAGGACAUUUGCGGACACAAGAUGCAAUCACUAAAACAUUUUCCACUUUUUCCGCACUGGCCAUCGACACGGUUACGAACGUCAGAUCUGCAACUCCAUUUUCGGCCAGAAUUCGAACAUUUUGGACUUCGAAUAUUUGGAUAUCUGUCCCCCAUUGAAUCCGGGCUUUACAGUUUUCAUGUAGAUACAAGUGAGACCUCCGAACUGUGGUUAAGCCCAGAUUCAAAGCCAGAAAACAGCGUGUUAAUCGCAAAUACAACUGCCGGGAUAGCAUCAGAAUUAGACAGCAACAGAAAUGGGAUUUCGCUUCUUGCAGGAAAACAUUAUUUCUUGGAAGUUUUACUGAAGCAUGGGAAAUAUGAAAAAGGGAAGCUUCAUCGCUUGGAAGUCAAAUGGAAAUUAUUUCCUGGAAGAGGAAACGACAUGAGGAAAAUUCCCUCUGAUGUGUUUGUUCAUGAUAGGUUUGGUCAACUUGAUGGAAAAACAAAUGCCGUUCUUCCUAUGCACACAAAACGCCCGGAUCCUAGCUUUGCAACACAUAAUCUACAGCACCGUUCAGAGAUGUAUCUCCUUCCUUUCAUUACUGAAAGUGAUUCUAAAGAUCUUUUUCCUCCAUGUGACUACAAUCCUUCAUACUUGAUGAAAGGACCUUUAAAGAGGUACGGGGCCAUUUGGGAGAUGCACUAUACGUCCAUUUAUCCUUUUGACUACAGUGAUGUUCUUGACAAGGAGAAAGAUUUUGUUUCGUUUGGCAAUGACAUGUUGGAUGAAGUUAUCGCAGAAGCAGUUGCUUCCCAAGUCUGGAUACAGCUCAAGAAAAAACAACCAGGGUAAUUGUGUGUGCUCGUGUAUUUCAGUGUUGAGGGACUUAAUGAUUUCUACCCAACUUUCAUGCCGACAUGAAAAGCUUUCCAUUACAGUCUGGUUUCAACUGUUGGGGCUCAUGGCUGGCUUGCAGGGAUUACUUUUUGACAAGUACACUUUGAGUAACUUUGGGGAAAUUUAGGACAUUCCCAAAUGCAAAUCUAAGAAUUUCCUAGGUGAUUGGGAUUGUUUAUCUUUGUGAACGUCCUGAAAAUGACUGGUAUGGAAUGGGGUUGGGGAGAUUUGGGUCUGAAAUAGAGUAAGCAUUCAAAGAAGUGUGUUGCACAUUGCAACCAGGGCUCAAAAAAAGUGCUGUCUGGUAGUCUGGAAAAGUAGCUUUUCUUGUUGGGCAAGUUACUUUUAACCCUUUAAGCCUUAAGAGUGAUCAGUAUCAAAUUUCCCCUUGUAAUGUCAAUGCUUUGUAAAACAGAGUGGUCGUGAGAAUUACAGACAUGAUCACACAAGAUGAAUUUUCUUCAUAUUUUAUCAACUUCUCCCCACUACUUCCGUAGGAAAUGAAUAGGGCAACAAAUGAGAACUCAAACUUUGAUCUUAGGGUUUAAAGGGUUAAAGCUUACCUGCCCAAAGGGUAAGGGUCUAGGCAAGUCAACCUCUAAGAAAUGCAUAAACUAAUAGGAGCAAGAAGUGGCCUCAGGUGAGCAAAAUGUGAGAGUUUUUUUCGUGUUUCUUGCAAGCCCUUAAUCUCGUACCCAGAUCUCACUCCGUCUUACACUGAAAAGUGGCUGCGGAAGAUCUGGGUAUGAGAUUAGCGAGCCCUAUCACCCUUCUGGGAAAAAUCCCUGAGGGUGCGAGAGUCACUUUGAUAAUAAUCAGAUUUUUUCCUCUUUAAUCUAGGAAAUACUCUUUUGUGCAAAUCCUAAAUGUGGAGGAAAAUCGUGACCCAGGAAGAGGAUACAGGUAUUUAGUGGAAAUGGAACUCAAAGAAAUUUUGAGUGGAACAUCUGUGAGAUUCUCAGAAUAUGUAUACAGAACUUGGGGUGCACAAGCCCUCUGCACCCCUGUGGGCGUGACAUGGAACAAAAGUGCUGUUGUCAACAUUUUGCUUACUACUGGAAAUAACCAGGGACGGUGGAUUCUUCACUUCCUUGAAAACAUGGCAAGAAUUUACCAUAGAACUAAAGAUGCCAAUUUUAAUGUAGUUAUCGUCGAUUUUGACAGCAAAGACAUUGAUAUUGGUAAUGCCUUGAAGAAGGCAGCAAUUCCAUCUUAUCAAUAUACUAAUACAAAGGGGGAUUUUUCAAGGGCCUUGGGGCUACAGAAAGCUGCUGAAAUGGUCAGAGAUCCGAAUUCAGUUCUUUUUGCUAUCGACCUUCAUCUUGAUAUUCCUUAUCAUUUCCUGGAUGAUGUUAGAAAGGUUAGUGAAGCGUAGUUGUUCUGGCCAUUUCAUAUUACUGUCUAGAUUAUAUAAGAAAGGUUAGUCAGCAGUGCUUGAUGUUAGUAUCGGUGCAUUUGAAAACUUUUAGUUGAAUUUGCACUAUAGAAAUGAAAAGAAAAAAAAAAAUUAUUAUUAUUAACUGGGCUUGCUGCAGGCUGGCCCAGUUCAUAAAACACCUUCGAUUUUAAAAACGUCUUUCAAGCUAUCAUUGGCUUUUUUUUCAGUGCCUUUUUCAAAAGAUGGUAGGAUGGGUCACUCUUGAGGUUUCUCUUGCCUCGACAUUGAAGUUUAAUCCCUGUAAAGUAUGACGUCCAAUGUCUCUUUUUAUGUUAUUGUGAUUCUUGCUCUGAGUGAAUGUCCUGGGAAAUGUACUGAUUGUAGAUCACAACGUUGAAAUAAAUAGCCUGAAUGGGCUCUGAGUCAAUAGCCCAUGAGGCCGAAGGCCAUGAGGGCGAGAGCAAUAAUAAAUUAUUGUUUAAACCCAAUGUCAGACAAAAACAAAACUUAAAUUUAAUUUGCUUUGUUAGUGUUAAGAACCAGAAUUGAGAAAUGUACUUCUUGUUAACAGUGUUUUAUGACGCGUAGAAUUAGCGACAAUAAUUUGUGGAAAUUACGGUUAGGUCAAAUUAGUCACUUUAUACUGUCACACUAUAUUUUGGCGGGCAGUGGGAUUAGGAGAGGGAUACGUGAAAAUAAUGCUUAUUGUUUCCUGCUCAGAAUGGCUAACUUGCUUAUUUUUAUUCAUAAUGGUGGAAUUUGAAAAGUUACUACACAGCCCCGACUUAAAAAUGGUACAUAUUUUCCUUGUUACGAAAGUCUUCCAAAAGGAUACAAUGUUCAAAAAUGAGUUUAUGUUAAACUCUCUAGAGCAGGCCCUUGCCCUCCCUUGCACCAAUCCGUGUGUGGAGAACUUACUCUAGGCUUUUGCUAGAAGAAGUUCCCAAUGGGCUGGACCACAGUAGGGGUGCAUGUGGGUGUGUGCGUGUGUGUGUGCCAUUUGAAGUUUGCUUAAAAUCCAAAUCCCGACUUUAAAAAUGCGCUGGCAAUUAUAAUUCCCUGUGACUUGAAUUCCAUUUACCCAGUCCAAGAAAAGACAAUUCCCAGCCCCCAGUCGACCCCUUCUGGGUCCUCCUAGGUAGAAAUAGUUAAGGUCAUUGAAUUUAUCCUGAGCACAUAAUCUAACUUUUGCUAUUUGUCCUCACACCCUCUUUCAGCACUCUGUUCAACACAAGAUGGCCUACAGCCCUGUUCUGGUUCGCUUAGCUUGUGGCACAACAUCUACUGAACCCUUCGGCUACUGGGACUUUAAUGGGUUUGGAAUGAUGGUUUUGUACAAGAGUGACUGGGAUAAAAUUGGAGGAAUGAACAUCAAGGAAUUUAAGGAUAAGUGGGGUGGGGAGGACUGGGAAUUUGUGGAUCGGUUACUGGAAGCUGGAAUGGAGGUUGAAAGGCUCAAAAUGUUGCAUUUUUUUCACUACUUCCAUUCAAAGAAAGGCAUGUGGAAUAACAUCAACAGCCAUGCAAAAGGUGAGAUUUUGAGCAAAUAUUGGUAUUGA